AAAUUCCUAGUAAAAUGAUUUUGAGUGCCGUGCUCGCUGUGAUUUUACUUUUGCCCACGGCCUACGGCUAUAACUACUGCAACAACAGGACCCACAGGUGCAUCCUGGAGCAGACCCAGCACUUCAUGUGCAAGCUGGACCAGAUUCCGUCGCUGGGCGGCACCCGGUACCAUGCCAUUGUGCCGGAUACCCCGAAACUGCAAUCGCAGAUUCUGAAGAUCAUAAACACUUUUCGAAACCAGUUCGCGAGCGGCGAAUUCAGUAAGAGUGAGAACAGGACCUUCGCCCAGGCCAGGCGGAUGCGCCAAGUCCUGUGGGACAGCGAGCUGGCGUACAUGGCCCGCUCCCACGCCUCCACCGUGUCCUUCAAGCACACCGAAUGCCGCUCCACGCUGCGGUUCCCCAAGGUGGGCGAGUGCCUGUCCAUGAUGGUGCCCAAGUACAAGCACACUCUGCCCGAGGUGUUGCAUAAGUUGUUCAAAAUGAUGUUCGACGAGCAUCUCAACAUUGAGAAUCCGGAUGAUCUGCUCGAGGGCUUCCACCCCAUCAGGGACUAUAUCUGUGCACACUUCACCAUCAUCAUCAGCGAUCGGGCAUCGCGCGUGGGCUGCGGAGUGGUCACGGGAACCAACUGUCGCCAAGGGUCCGUCUCCAACUUCUGCCACUUCUUGACCUGCUACUUCGACUUCGACAACGUGGACGGAUCAUAUAUCUACAAGGCGGGUAAGCCUGUCUCUUCCUGUAGCGACUGGGGCACAACCAGGUCCGAGGAGUUCGCGAAUCUGUGCAGCAACAAUGGUAACCUUUUCCCCCCUGACCUUUGAGGGCCUUGGGCACUUCGAGUUCGUAUAUAGAUAUAUCAUUUG